AUGUCCAGCGCCGACCUCAGCCAGGAACUCACUGAAACCACGGUCAGACUAACCAAUUACAGUGAUUUGAACUGCUCCAUGUUGAGGUAGAAGAUAAACUCCGACGCCUGGUGUCUUUCUUCAGCAGCCUGCCUUUUGACCAAAUCGACAUGUGAGUCUUUGGAGUCAAGAAAAUCAUGCUCUCAUAUAUUUCAUCCGGAAGCAAAUUACAGAAAAAUAUUUUUAUUGCAGGAGCUUUGAAUUGCAACGUGACGCCGACAAGGUCGAGGCCGAGUACUUCAACGAAAUGAUGGCCGGGGCUGUAACCUACCAUUUCAAAGUGAAUAAAUCACUUCAAUCAAAUAAUCUAAGUUUCUGUUGUAGAUCGAAACAGAUCCCUCAACGAUCGGCGGAAUGGUUAUUUUGAAGGACAUCGCGGAUUACAUCCACUGCCAUGAGGAUUAUUGA